AUGGCAUGUGCUUUAAUCUCUAUAGCAGUUGGUAUUGGAAUUUUGCUUGUUGCUGCUGAGUUCUAUAUUUUCCAUCGAUCCUCUAAGUGGAAAUCUCAAAUGGGUGGCUGGAGCUCUGUUUUUUUCUAUCCUCUUAGAAUAACUGAGCAUGAUCUGGUUAUGGCAAUGGAUGAGAAAAGUGCUGUAGGAAGCGGUGGAGCAUUUGGCAGAUCAAUAUUGGGAGCCAAACUUCGAAAUGUCAAGUCGAAAAAUAUUCUUCUGGAUAAAGAUUUUGAACCAAAGCUCACUGAUUUUGAUCUUGAUCGACUCGUGGGAGAAGCUGCAUUCCGGUCAACAAUUGCUUCAGAAUCUGCAGAUUCUUGUUACAGUGCUCCUGAACUUGGAUACAGUAAGAAAGCAACAGAACAAAUGGAUGUUUACAGCUUUGGUGUUGUGCUACUAGAACUCAUAACUGGCCCUCAAGCUGAGCAAGCUGAACCAGUGGAUUCACUUGAUAUCGUGAAGUGGGUUCGAAGGAAAAUCAACAUAACCAAUGGAGCAAUCCAAGUUCUAGAUUCUAAGAUAUCAAACUCUUACCAACAAGAGAUGCUAGGAGCUCUAGACAUUGCUAUUCGAUGCACGUCUGUAAUCCCCGAGAAACGACCAUCAAUGGUUGAAGUUGUAAGAGGACUUCUAUCUCUAAGCCCAAAAACUCAACUUCCAGGUUCAGACUUCUCAAUGCAGGAGGAGAAUUCAGUUCCAGUUUAAAUGUUGAACAAUAGAUUACCCCUUUUCCUUCUCUUUUUGUUUCAUGUCUUUAUAUGUAAAAAAUGCAACUUGAUUUCACAUAUGCUAUUUUAAC